AUGGAAUUAAUAGAACUACAAAACAAUAAAGAUUUGAAAGAUGCUUACAAAGAUGUUGAAUUGUUAGAACUUUAUAAAAAAUACAUGAACAUUGAAGUUUAUCCACAUUUGUGCAAACACGCUAUGAAAUACUUUUCCCUUUUUGGAAGCACAUACAUCUGUGAACAAUUUUUUUCAAGAAUGAAACAUGUUAAAUCAGAGCAGAGACAUAGGUUGAAAGAUGAACACCUCACUGAUACACUUCGGAUUUCAUCGUCCACUAUAAAAGCUGACAUUGAUCAAUUGUGUAAAAAUAAACAAUGCCAAGUUUCCCAUUAA